CCAUAUUUAAAAGUAGAAACCUCCUCAUUACUUCCUCUCUGUGUUUUGUACUUCACAUUUCACAAUUUCCGAUCACCCAUCAACAAACUCAAAAUCUCCAUCAAUAUCUAAUCUUUUUUUGUCUGGUGUUCAUCUUUCCCAAUCAUAAUCGUCGUCAAAAGUUUCUGUAAUCAUGGGUCGUAAGCAUUUACACGAGUUACUCGAACAAGAUCAAGAACCAUUUCAGCUCAAAAGCUUCAUUGCCGACCGCCGUUCUCAGCUCAAAUCAACCACCACCGACGCCGGAAAAACAGCACUUCGCAUCAGAAAACGAAACCCAAUUAUCGAAUCCACGUCGUCUUCCACCACUGCACGCAAUUUCUGCACCAACCAUGUCUGUCUUUUCUCGUUUCAGGACUCGCCGGACUUUAGGAAAUCACCAUUUCUUGAUUUUACGUCGAAGGAGAUGAAGAGCCCGUGUAAUAAUGCUGCUGUCUUCCUCCAUAUCCCGGCCAGGACCGCCGCCAUGCUACUUGAUGCCGCCACGAGGGUCCAGAAACCUAAAACCGGUUCAAAACAUAUCGGGUUCGGUUUACUCGGGUCUUUUCUCCGGCGUUUGAAGGACCGGAGCACCCGCACAAAAAGCCGUGAAAUUGGACCGGUUAACGCAACACCAUCUUCACCACCAACAAGAAGAAGCCGGAAAAAGAUUGUUAACGGAGACGUGGAGGUUGACGGCGGUGGUGAUGAGAAACGGUUAUCUAACUCGUGUAAUAACAGCAGGCUUAGCAGCUGGACAUCGUCGGAAAAGACGUCGGAGUUGGAGACUUCAUGUAGUUCAAGAUCAAUUCACAACUCAGAAGAAAUCGAUUGUUUGUGCUCUAAUCCUUCUAGCCCAUUUCGUUUUUCACUUCAAAGAACUCCGUCCCCAACUCGCCGGAAACCGGAUUCCUCAUCACCGGUGGCAUCUCCGAGCCGCCACUUCCAACAGGAGAAUAAAAGUUAUGAAGUCGAGCACCCUCAAGAAAUUCAUGGGGAAACGGAAGACAAUGAGAAAGAACAGUGUAGCCCGGUUUCUGUACUUGACACUUUAUUCGAUGAUGAUGAAGAAGAACAUGACGGUGGUGUAACAGAAGAGGACUGUUACGAUAUUGAAUGUGGCUAUGCCAAUGUACAAAGAGCAAAACAACAACUCUUACAAAAGCUUCAACGCUUCGAGAGGCUUGCAGGGUUGGAUCCAAUUGAACUUGAAAAACACAUGUUAGAACAACAUUAUGAAGAUGAUGAUGAUGAUGAUGGUGGUGAAAAUUAUAUAUAUGAUCAAGAAGUAACUCAUGAAGAGUUUGUUAAGGAGAUAUCUAAUCAUUUAGGGAUCGGGAAAAUCCCAUGGUACAUGAAAAAGCUCGUAUUUGACCUAAUUUCAGAAGAGAACAAAAAUGAAGAACAUGAAGUAGUCAUAGAAAGAGUAUGCAAGAGGUUGCAUUCAUGGAAGGUGGUCGAAUUAAACACAAUAGAUAUGAUGGUUGAGACAGACUUUGGAAGUGAAGGGUGGAAGAAAUACAAUGAAGAUAAGUCUAGAGAUAUAGGGAUGGAUAUAGAGCAGGCCAUUUUCGGGUUCUUAGUUGAAGAAUUGGCUCAAGAACUUGUAGAAUCUAUUGCAUGUAUUACAUGGUAG